AUGAUGCACAAGCCGACGUUUGAGGCAACUUACAAAGAGGAUGCUAAGAUUUUGCACUUAGUCAUGCACGAGCCUGAGGUCCUUGGAGGUAGCUUCGGUGGCUUCGAAGUGAUGAAGAAAAGCGGAGAUUUCGAUUCGCAAGAGCCGUGGCAAUCUGUGGUUAACCUUACCGCUGAUGUGCGCAAAGUGGAAAUGGAGGGAUUAGAGCCGUCGUUGAAAUAUGCAGUCACGGUGCGUGGACGUGUGCUGCCCAAUGGUUUCAGCGAGUUGGCCGACCCUUUGGUAUUUGAAACGAUGGAAUCAGUUGCAGAUGCACCCAUUUUCACCACUCCCUCAGUACUACUCAUGAACGUACUCACCAUUCCCCGUCUAGAUGUGAGCCUUCCUCACAAUGUCAAACUUCAUGCAAUCAGCCCUUUCGCAGUGGACAUGUCGUGGAAUCCUCCAGUUACAUCCAACGGUCGCAUUGCUGGCUACACCGUUGAAUGGUACCUUAAUUUCACACGCCAGGAAGAUGUUCAUCUCACUCCAAGUAAUAUGCACACCUUCAACCACCUAGAGCCUGGACAAACCGUUUCCGCCACUAUUUGUGCACGCUUUAAAAUGGAAACUUUGGUUAAGUUUGACUACAUCGGCUCCAGCGGCGAUUUAAAGUCAGCAUCUACGCCGAAGCAAGGCAUGCUGAAGCCGACAUUCGAAGCAACAUACUUCGCUGACGCGUUCAACUUGCGCCUAUUGAUACACGAACCGAGGGAUGUUGCAGGCAGUUUCGGCGGUUUCGAGGUGUUAAUGAAGAUGAGCGGUUCCACGUUGCAAAAGCAGUGGCAGUCAGUGGCCAAUCUCACUGCUAACGAGCGGGAAUAUCAAAUUGACAAACUGGAAUCAUUGGCCACCUACGCAGUCACAGUGCGUGGUCGCGUACUGCCCGACAUUGUUAGCACGAUGGCCGAUGCACUGGUGUUUGAAGUAGUGCCUGCAGACCUCACUGCCCCCCUGGACGUUAGUCUUCAUGCAAUCGAUCUUCAUACGGUGAAAAUGGCUUGGAGCCCACCAGCCAAACCCACUGGCCGCAUCAUUGGCUACACUAUCGAAUGGAGCUUGGAUUACAAAUGGCAGAAGAGCAUCAAUGUCGCUUCAAACAAUUAUUAUACCUUCACAAAUCUAAAACCGCAGCAAACCAUCUUUGCUGCUGUUUAUACGCGCACUCAAGUGGCAGGUACGCCCGACUUCGUGUAUGUCGGUGGCCGCAGCAGGUUCCUGACAGCAACUACACUGCUUCAGCAAGGUUAG